AUGGCUCUUAUCAAGUUCCCCAAGAUAUACAAUACCUACUUUGUGGCCUUCAUAGCCACGGUGGGAGGGAUGUUGUUUGGUUUUGAUAUCUCCUCCAUGUCAGCGAUCAUUGGCACAAAACAGUACAAUGACUUUUUCAACAAACCAGCAGGUGUUACUCAAGGCGCGAUUGGUUCCGCAUUGGCAGCUGGAUCGGUGGUAGGAUCCAUCAUUGCGGGUCCUGUGUCGAACAAAAUUGGAAGAAGAGAUUCGAUCAUGUUUGCCUGUCUUUUCUGGCUUUGUGGUACGGCAGUACAGACGGGAACUUCGGGCAUCGGCUCUCUUAUUGCUGGACGAGUUCUGAACGGGAUCACUGUCGGCAUUACCAGCUCGCAAGUGCCUGUCUAUCUCGCAGAAAUCAGCCGAAAGGAAAAACGCGGCGCCCUCAUCAUCAUCCAGCAACUUGCUAUAGAAUGGGGUAUCUUGAUCAUGUACUUUAUCGGAUACGGGUGCAGCUUUAUCGACGGAGCAGCCAGUUUCCGAACGGCAUGGGGAAUCCAAUUUGUGCCCUGCGUCUUCCUGAUGUGUGGACUGCCGUUCCUGCCUCGCUCUCCUCGUUGGCUGGCGAAAGUCGACAGAAUUGAUGAAGCCAUCAGAACUCUUGCAAAAAUUCAAGCCAAGGGAGACAUCACCGACCCUCUCGUCGUCGCCGAGUGGGAGGAUAUCACCACAACCCUUGCUGCAGAACGGCUCGCCCCUGCAGGCUGGCGCAAGUUUGUACUCAACGGAAUGUGGAAACGAACCCUUGCAGGCUUUACAGUCCAAAUGUGGCAGCAGAACUCAGGUGCGAAUGUCAUGACGUACUACGUGGUGUAUAUCUUUAUGAUGGCCGGGCUUACUGGGAACAUCAACUUGAUCGCUUCUGGUGUGCAGUAUGCCCUGUUUAUCGUCUUUACAACUGUCAUGUUCUUCUACAUUGACAGGACUGGCCGCAGACCACUGCUCGUCUAUGGAGCUCUCGCCAUGGGUGCGUGUCAUUUCGUGGUUGGUGGUAUACUGUCUGCUGGAGAGAGUGUACCCGGCGGCGUUGGUGGCAAUCCCAACGUGGUCAUCAAAGUCACGGGCGCAAAGGCUAACACAGUCAUCGCCUUUUCCUACCUCUUGAUCAUCAUCUACGCGCUGACCCUCGCACCGGUCUGCUGGGUGUACGCCGCCGAAGUCUGGAGUCUGGAAACCCGAGCCACCGGAAUGGGCAUUGCGGCUCUGGGUAACUGGCUCUUUAACUUCGCUCUCGGCCUCUACAUUCCGCCUGGAUUCCAAAAUAUCAAGUGGGGCUUGUUUAUUGUCUUUGGGUGUCUGUGCAUUCUCGGUGCGAUCCAAUUCUACUUCACAUAUCCUGAGACAUGCAACAAGUCGCUGGAGGAGAUUGAGGAGAUGUUCUCGCACGGCGGACCCAGGCCGUGGCAUACCAGACCUGGCCAGUCCAGACUUGACAGAAUGGUGGAGACAGCGCGCGAAAAGCACUACACGGUGGAAGAUGUUAAACGAGACUUGAAGAGUGGUUCGAUUGACCAUGAUGGCCAUGUCGAAGUUGCCGCAGGGAAGACGGAGGAGGAAAAGGUCAAAGGGUGA